UUUUCUCCUGUAGCCUUACAAUCACUCUUUGAGGCUAUGAUCUUGUUUCAACACUUCUUGUUCGGAAGUCAUUUAUGUGGCCAGUAAGAGCGUCAACAUAAAAAACUCCCCGCCUCUUUCCAACAAAGCCCCUGUACAUGAGCUCAGUGAAUAAAGAGUCAUUGCAGUUGGACGAUCAUACACACAAUGAGGAGCUUUAUCUUGAUAACAGCUUUACUUCUCUGCAGCCUCAGCUGGAUCACUGUCUCAGUUUCUGAGUCUCAGACUGUGGAGGUCCAGCCUGGUGAAGAAGUCACACUGCAGUGCUCCAACAUGUCCAGAACUCCAACUCCUGCGUUUUGGUCCAGACUUGUCAACAGAACCAAGAUUAGCUGUAUCUCCUCUAUGUACGGAUCUGGUGGCAAUGCUGAAUACUGUGAUGGAUUCCAAAAUGGGAAAUUCAAAAUGAGUUCCAACGUCUCUACUGUCUCUCUUAAAAUCAUGCAAGUGGAUUUAUCCGACUCUGGGCUGUAUUUCUGUGGAUUUUACUUGGACAGACGUACAGCACUUAAAGUAAUACACUUAAAUGUUCAAGGUCACGAUGAAUUCAGUGAUGACGUGGACAGCGAGUGUAAAAAAGAGUCUGAUGGAAUAACAAAGCUGAUGAGUGUGAUCCUGGGUGGUUUGACUGUUUUCCUUAUAAUGGUCGUCAUUGGUCUGGCUGUCAAAAUCAAGAAGCUUCAGACAGCUCCUAAUGAAGAACAAAAUACACCACAGAGUGAGAAUCUGGGCUCUGAUAACCUGAACUACGCAGCACUGAGUUUCAAUCCAAAACCCAAAAAAAUCCGAAGGCCUGCAUCAGGGAGAGAAGUGGAGCCAAAUGUGAUUUAUGCUGCCACCAGAUAGACUCAGGAAGCACCUGGAACUGCAGCUUAGAGGUUAACCGAUAACUUGUGCCAGUAUAUCACUGUGCUGUUGUGUUUUUGUACGACUGGCAGGUGGAAGAAGCAACUAUCACCAUGUCAAAAAAAUCCAGUUUGUAAUAAAGAUGUAUU